AUGAGCAUUGCUCUGGAGGUGAACUGUCGCCUUCUCUUUCCUUCUAGAAGACACAUCAAGUACCUUGGCUGUAAUAGUCCAGUGUCCGGGAGGUCCUCCUGUCCAUUGAGCCUGUCUAACCUCAAUCACAACGUGCUCAAGUUGAACCUUCCUCAGCUGGGGAAGGAGUUUGAGCCCAAAGCAACUACGUAAUGAGACACAACUCCAGGCUCUGCAGACUUGUAUCUCAUUAACAAAACCUCUCUAACUACUCUUGCUGACCACUAA